GCAAGCUUGCCUUCGUCCUUCGACGUCCACCUUCAGACACAGGCACAUUCUAUCACUAUGGCUGUGGCAGCACCAACAAAGGAAGCUCUACUGUCUUUGUACUCGUCUACUCUCCGCACAUCGCGAGUGUUCAGCUCAUACAAUUUCCGCGAAUAUUUCGUGAGGCGAACGAAGAGUCAGUUCCGGGAGAUUCAAGAUGAGACUGACUCUGCGAAAAUCUCCGCAUUUUACAAUGAGCGGGUCAAGGAGCUCCAAGUGCUCAAGCGCAGCGCCAUCGUCAACCAGCUGUAUGGCGGCUGGCGCCUUGUCAUCGAGAAGGAUCUUCCCAAGGGAUCCCAGGAGGUCAUGACAAGGUCAGACUCGUGAAGUCAGACCGCGAGAGUAUGGCAGUUCCGUCGUGACUUCAAGAGUAACCCGGGAGUGUUCGUCAGGACUCGGUUGGGGAGGCGCAUGCUUGUGUUCCUAUGGUAUCGUACGGUCGUACUGUUACCUUUGAGAACUGAUGCUCUUCUACUCGGAGACGAGAUGAAUGUAAAACAAUUCCUUGCAGGAGCACGUAAGAGCUCGCUCCAGAC